AUGGAUUGGGUUACUGUUAUUGUUGAUCUUGCUGUUGCCUUCAUUGUUGUUGUUGUUUCCUUUAUUGUUGUUGCUAUGGAUAAAGGAAAGAAACGGAUGAACUAUAUUUCCAAUACGGGACGACCAUCUGCUAAGUGGAAUGACCAUACACAUCUACAAUUUAUAGAGCUAGUAGAACAAGAGAUUCAAAAGGGAAACGGGCCAGGAUCAUUUAUAAAUAAGGAUGGGUGGAAAAAUUUGGUCAAGAUUUUUAAUGAAAUAACAGGAAAAUGUUAUGACAACAAGCAAUUGAAAAACCACUGGGAUUCUAUGAAGAAGGAAUGGACACUAUUUAAGCAAAUGAUGCGAGGAGAGUCAGGUUUGGGGUGGGACGAAUCAAAGAAGACUAUUGCGGCAGAUAAUGCUUGGUGGGAGCAGAAAAUUAAGGAAAAUGACAACUUUCGAAAAUUCAGGAACAAAGACUUGUCCAUCAUAUGGUUUCGCUAUGAUGGCUUAUUCUCUGAUAUUGCAGCAAUUGGGGAAAAAGCACGAGCUCCAAGUCAAUAUCAACCUCCAACUCAACUAUCGAGUACCGAUAAAGAAGAUGAUGCAAUUCAGCACACUGAGGAUAUAAAUGAUCUUGGAGAGCCAUUUGGUAGGGAUCAAAGCCCCAUUGAUGCUGCAACUGGUGACGAUUUGUUUCUAGAACCAAGCUGGCAACAAGGGAGAUCAUCGGCCCCUAAAAGGGGUAGGAAGGAAAGGAUGUCGAGUGCUGCCAUGUUGAGGACAAAUAUUGAAGACUUAAUGCAGCUAUACACUAAAAGCACAAAUACUACGAACUCUGUUGCUGGACCAGAUGCAGAAAGCAUUCCAAAAUGUAUGGAGGUAUUGCAGCGUCUCCCCAUUCAGGUUGGGUGUAAGUUGUGGAAUUAUGCUUGCACCCUUUUUACCAAGCCCCCGAAUCGAACUGUCUUCAUAAAUCAACCAUCCGAUGAGGCAAGAUUUGCUUGGUUGGACUACCUCCAUCAGUUGUUUGAAGAUCAUCGGCCUCUACCAUGA